AGAGUACGAUCAUUCUCAUGCAUGUUUACAGUACAGUUGAAAUUUUAGAACCUCAUUGUUAGAGUUAUUCAGCGUAGCAAACAAAAAGCGAGGCAUGUUUUUACACGAUACGCUCUCAUUCAUCGUUACUGAUGCGAGGGGUGCGUUUUUUAGUUCCUACUGACACAGACUACUUAUAAAGAUGUAUUAUUUUAAUAAAAGAAAACGCGAACUAUGCCAGCAGUAUAAAAAAAUGUUGCAGGAGUUUUCAGAAACGGGGCUAUUGACUACUGCUCAAUUCGUAACAAUAAAGAAGGUAUUUGAGCUGCCUGGAAGAUGUAGACAAAUUUGUUUUCAGGUUUGGCCAGUUUUACCGGGUUUCAACCAGUUUCAUUUAAAAAACUUAACAAUGGAUCAGCCAAUGAGCUCGUAUAUACAAUCGAUGUGAAUCCAUCAAACAUGUCAGCAUUUACUUUAUAAAUAAUCAGCGAUGAAUAAUCGUAUAUUAAACCAUAUUUUUUCAAUUUUAUUGAACGGUUUUAGAAUAAUAAUACAAAUAAGCAAACGCGGUAUUGACCACCGAGUCAUCGUUGAAAUACGAUUCUAAACAACUUUACUCCUUUAUUUUUAAUUGUAUUAUUACUUUGCAGAAAGUUUAGCUGUACAUAUUUAGGCUUUAACGAGAAAAAACGUCUAAUUCUUACUAGUAUAAUGACGUAAUGUACAAAACUGAAGUAAAUGACAACUACAAUAAUAACAACGAAUGUUUCUGAAGGAUUCAACGGAACAAUGUUAACGCCUGGAAGCACAAAAAUUCAUGACGACAGUUUUAAUAUGCGACCAGGUAUCACAACUCUAAUCAGCUUCGCAGUGGCAAUCGUUCUUGUCAUCGUCUACCUAUAUUAUGAAAACGUUAUAUCGUGUGUAAAGACUGUAUGCUUUCGUAGACAUCCUUCAAAAACUGGUGAUUCAUCUGCAGAAAAUAUUGAAAUGGGCACCAAUGGUGACCAAAGCUCAAGUACAGCGUUUACUGGAAGAAAGCUCACUGAAGAGCCAGGCAUAUUAUGCGAGUGCGGACAAAUACAUUUACUGAAGGAUUGUUUGAAAGAAAGUGAAUUGUCACCAUAUAAAGAUAUUUUUGAUAGGAUAAGAAAUUUAACACCGGAUAAACAGCAAACGACUGAAAGUGAAGGUACCACGCCACUAACGACAUCUUUAUCGCGUGAAUCGGUGUCGAAAACACACAAUGUGCCUCGGCAGACUUUCAGUCGUAUCCAGCAAAGUCCGACCACACCAGUCAUUGUGAUUUGUGAUGAGAAAGGGAACACAAAAAAGUCAUCUCCGAAGAGCCUAACACCCCCUUUGCAAUCAAGGCCAUCACGCGCUGUGGGGAUAUCCACAGUAGUACACGCGCAGACUGGUGCCAGGCCUAAGGAAUAUAAAAUUGAAAACGGGGUGUCGUGAGUUGGUGGACACGAAGAUGUAAGAUUUUAUAUAGAACGUUCCAAAUGCAGUAAAAAUAAGGCUGCACUGUAUUGAAUCCAUGAGAAUACACUGUGCAGAAUCUAGGCGCAAUAGAAUCUCCGCAAGUAUUCAUGUAUGUACGAAUGUAUUUGAGGAGACCUAACAACACUACAACAUACGCAGAUUAAAAGAUUGGUUGGUGCUAACCGCUUGGUCCAUGCAAAUGUCAUUUUGUUCCUUUAUAUCUUGACUGUAAAUCGCGCAGUUUUCUUUACUUUCUUCCUUUCUUUAUUUUAUGUAUCUUACAUUUUAAAAGAACCUUAUGAUUGUUAUAAAAAUAAAAACUGCGUUCAUACAGAAA